UCCUCGUCACACGGUCAAACCCUUCGAUAGUGAAACCAAAUCAUUUACACCUAUAUGACGACUAGUAUUGAAAUUUAAUUACGUGAUGCAUGUUUUUGUUUACGUGAAGUCUUGUUUAACCUUACAACCUUACUGACGGAAAAAUAACUGACUGAAAACUCUUUACACGAUGAAUCUUGUGUUUGAACCAUACAGAUAUGUUCGGUUAUGUGAUUGUUUGCAUGUGCUUUUGCUUGCUAAAUAACAACUUGCCCUGCAUAUACUCUAUAUUGGACAAUUCACGCUCUCCUGGGCGACUAAUUUGUCCCUGGUCACGACUAAUAGGAUGAUGUGAGACGGUAUAAUGGAUGACAUUAUUUAUAUCAGCUCGGGCAGCGAUGACGACUCUGAUUUAGAGGUUAUAAGUAGUUACAAAGAAGAUGCAGCUCCGUUCAUCCAAACAGAAUGGAUCCCAGUCAAACCUGUCCUCAUCAACAUCACAGGCCACAAGUUGGUCCCUCCCAAGGGAAGAUGCUCGAGGAGAGAUACUUGUUCCACCUUAGAGGUGAUAGAUCUCAGUGACGAGUGUCCUCCUGAUGAUAUUGAUGUGCAGCUGCAGAAUUCAUCAUUGGCUCUGCCAUCAGUAGACAGUGGAGAGAAAAAUGUGGAGUAUUCUGUGCAUGUAAUACCAACAGCUAUUAGAAGAGCUCAAGAAUCAAAAUCUCGAACCAACAAUCUUGGAAAAGAUGGGGCUAAUUCAGGAUGCUUUAUAGGGAGCAGUGUGCAGUCACUCUGUCGGGAGAACUCUUUCACAGAACUGAAUAUCCAAAGGACAGAUGUUUUGCAUCAGGACACAAAUUGUAAUUCUAGCCUAUCGUCUGAGCAGUUGAGCUGGGACAACAGGUCUUUGGGACUUUGCAGCUCUUCAAGUAAAAGCCUGAUACCUUUUGAAAGUUCAUCUGUGGUACUGAAGAACUCCGUUGUAGAUGUACCAAAGGACACUAAAGAAACACAGCUUAGUGUCACAUCACUAGCUGCCUGUAGCGUAAGCGCAAACCAAGAAAACAAAGGAAAUCUUGAUUCUUCUCAAUUAUGGAAUACCAGUGUUGACUCUCCUUAUAGUCUUGACAGUCCAUGUUACUGCCCGAGUGAGGUAGAUGUAUAUAUAUUCUCUGAUGAAUCUAAUGAGGCUGAAGAUAAGCAUCAUCCAUUUACAAUGUGCAGCGGUCAACAAUCACCUCAAAGUUCUGUGCAUCUUUCUGAUAUUCAUACUGGGUCUGUGUGCAAUCCAGUUGCAUCGAAGGACUGUGAAACUUUGAAUAUGGGUGAAAGCGAGCAAAUACAUAAAAUGCCAAACACUCCGGUUUCACCGCAGCAUUCUUCCCGUUCCAUAUCUACCUCAUCAUGGGCAUCGCCCCCCUGUAGCCCAGAACUUAAAUCUAGACCGAAUCAGUCCAGUAAACGCAACAGUCCCACCUCCACAGAGAUCCUUGCCAGCGAUACAGUGGCAUACUCACAUGAUUUGUCUACAGAGAGCACACUAAGUAGUCCCCUUAGCUUCCCUAUCUCGCUGCCCCCUUCACCAGCCAUUUCAGAGAGAGCAGAGUUCAGAAGAAAUGAAUUCGAUCCACGAUCCUUUGAAGGCCCUUCAGUAGGUCUUUGGGAGACAAGCACAAGCAGUAGUGGAGACAAUGAAGGUGUGCUAGAUAAUGUGUCAGAUCUUUCUGAAGACAAUACAGAAGGCAGACAACAUAUUUGUCUGGCUCAGUACAGAAAGUUGAGGCAGAGUAUGGAUGGAACAGUUCCACAUAUGCGUGAAGGUGAAGAUGAACACUAUGGCUCUGCUGAACCCCUGUGCCGGCAGAGCCUCAGCUUGGUCUACAGCACUAUUGAGGAGAAUUACCCAGAGGGCACUCUUCAGCUGCUCUCUGACUUUAUUCAGCCUCGGUACUGUCCACCUGUGGAUAUCACAACACAUCUGCUCAGGGGGAUUUUCUUGGACCCACAGAGCUCCGAUGUUCUAGCCAUAGAGGCCUAUAACCUACUGAUGAAAACACAGAGAGAGGAUUACAACAGCAUCAAGACCUUGCUGGAUGCCUUGAAGUAUGAUAAGUAUGGCUGGGAGGUCAUAGGAGAUUUAAAAAUGGUGGCAUUCUUGAUGGGUCUCCAAGGCGGUUUUACCAAAUUUCCCUGCUAUCUUUGCCUUUGGGACAGCAGGGACACCAAGGCGCACUACCACAGGCGGGACUGGCCACAGCGGACCGAGUUCUCUGUGGGGAGGAACAACGUCAAGUGGGAGCCACUGGUGGACCCCCAGAAGGUGCUGAUGCCACCACUGCACAUCAAAUUGGGCCUUAUGAAACAGUUUGUCAGAGCUCUAGAUAAGGAGUCGGCAACCUUCAAGUACCUUCAAGACUUCUUCCCUAAGCUGUCUGAGGCAAAGGUCAAAGCCGGUGUCUUUGUCGGACCACAGAUAAAGAAGGAUUUUGGAUUCAUAUGCUGUCUUUUUCUGACUUUAUCUGAACAAAAAGACACAUUCUCCCGUUUUCUCAUUGGAAAUAGAUACCACCCUGUGGAUACAUCUACAGUCCCGUGGGACUGGGAACUGCUGAUGUCGGUAAUGGAGGAACAAGAGGACACUAGGAGUUUGCGGACAGACAUAAAGAACAUGCUCCUGCAAUAUGUGUUGCAGGUUUUAGAAGAUGACUUUCAGUUUAAACACACAACUCGGCGUCUUCAACAAUCUAUUGCAAAGACAAUGCUGUCAUGUGACCAAAGGUUCAGACAGGUCAGGGAUAUAAUUAAUUGGAUGAUGACUGCUGCUAAGAAAUCAGUGACCCACUCGAAUGAUGUGGAAUAUCCAAAGAAAGAGAAGGACAACUAUCUUAAGAUUGUAUUAUCACUUCAGAGGAUGCUGACAUUGGCCCUGGAGGUGGACAAGACCCCAACCUGCAGUUCAAGCAAACUUUCUCAAGAGCUCUUCCAUGGUCUUAACAGCAUGUCUCCAUGGCGGCAAUUAAGACACUUAUUGUUAAGUACAAUGGAGAGCAAGCUGCUGAGGUGUAAGUUAUUGGAGCUGCUGUUGGAAGAUGCUUGUUCUCAGAAGAGACCCUUGCCAAUGUCCCUAAGCUUGCUUCUACACUACCUCCAGAACUCAUCACUGGCUUCAGACCCCUCUGAUGGAGCAGAGAGAUGGAAGAAGUGGGAUGAACUUCUCCAACUGCUGUGGAUGCUGAUGCUCAGUUAUGAAGAGGUGGUGACAGGUCACCUACGCUGUCCCAUCACAGAGCGUUUUGACAGGAUGCGCGCUCCGAUUUGGACGCGGCAUGAUCAGGUGACACCGUCUGCAGUGCGAGUGGCAGCAGAGGCCUUCCUGUGUCGUGCAGCAGCGGACAUUGGCCAUGCUCUCCCCAUGGAAACGCAGGAGUCACUAUCUCAACUACAGGAACACUUAACUGAUGUUUCCAGUGUUAUUUCAAGUCAUUAGACUUUUUUUUUUAUUUUUAAGAAAAUAAUAUAUUUAUAUAAUUUUCUAAAUAUAUUUUAAAUGUAUGUAUGUUUGUUCACUACCAGUACUCAUCAAAUAUACAAUACUUAAUCAGUCAUGUUAAAAAAAAAUUUUUUUUGGACUUCUUCAAAAGCUUGCAUACAUACCAGUAAAUAACUUAAGAGGGCUAUGUGAGUAAAGAUAAAUACCUCAAAGUUGUAUCUCUACCAAGUAAAUUUUAGAGCAACCAUCAAAAUCACUGCAAUGUACAUGAUUUCCUACAUACAAUGUUUUACAAUGUACAGUGAAAUACUAUGAUGUACAACCCCAAUUCCAAAAAAGUUGGGACAGUAUGAAAAAUGCUAAUAAAA